CCCAAGCUGGCCCUGAACUUCAGGCAAUCCUCCUGCCUCAGCCUCUGGAUACUGGCCUGGAGGGUUUUAGUAUCUGUCCGAGCUGAGCAGGAAGUCCUCUGCAGCUGGGCCCAGCACCCCCAGUGGCUCCAGGGUCAGAGGAAAAAGAGCACAAGCCAGGUGGGAGAAUGGUGGAGUCACGCUACCUGCAGUAUGAGAGGAAGGCAGCCAGAAAGGCCCCUACUAUGGACACCAGAGCCAGCGGGAAAGUGACAGACGUUGUAAGGAGACCAGGUCAGCUGCCCAAGGCCACAGAUACCAGUGGCGCGGGCCAGGGUGACCUGCAGUCCACCUUGCUGGAGGGGCAUGGCACUGCGCCACCAGACCUGGACCUCUCAGCCAUUGGUGACCGAAGCACGGUUGGGAAGAUACCACAGCUGGAGAAGACACUGGCACGGAGACCCAAGGCAACGUCCUUCAUAGCCCCACAGAGGAAGGGCCCGGAUCUCCCGGAAGUGAUGGAGAUGAUGGCAUCCCAGACGCUACUGCUGACCCUGCUGACGGUGAAGAUGCAGAACGGGCUGGCAGGGCUGGAGGAGAAGGCGGAGCGGAGCCUGCUGGCCAUGGGCCGCGAGCAGGCCCAGCUGCAGCGGAAGGUGCACGAACUAAGGCGCAAGCUGCUGCUGCAGCAGAAGCACCAGGAGCUGGUGGGCACGCUUGAUGCCCAGAUGGAGGUGCUGCACCCCUUCAAGGCAGUGGCCAGGCGCUUCCAGGAGCACUACAGGGCGCUGGCCACAGCCCUGGAUACCACCCGGCAUGAGCUGCCUGUGUACGCCAUCCACCUGGAACACGGCGGGCGGCAGCUGCUGGACACCCUGCAGGCCGAGCUGACCACCACCCACCGCCUGCUGGCCGAGCUGGGCCUCGGCGGCUCUGAAGAACAGGGACAGGUGCUGGCCCUGCUGGCUGAGCUCAGGGAUGCGACCUCACAGAAGGACCUCGAGCUCCGGAGGAGCUUUGCACAGGUGCUGCAGCUGUCGGCCGAGGCCAGCAAGGAAGCGGCCCUCACCAGCCAGGAGGCCUGGGAAGACGCACAGGGUGCUGAGGCUGCCUGCCACUGGUACUUUAGCCCCGACAGAGGCCCUGUGGGGACCCUCGGGGCCAGCUAAGGACAGACCCCUUCAGGGACGCCACUGCUUGUCUCUAGCCCACAAGGCCCUGGCUCCACAGGGGCUGAGUGGAGACUUUCCUGUGGCAUGGAGGAUACCAAAAAGGACUUCACCACAGCUUGGCUGUGUCUGUCUCUUAUUGAAAACAGAAACAGGGCCGGCCAAAUAGUUCAGCAGAUUAAAGCUCCUGCAAGCAGGUACAGGGGCUGG